ACCUGACAACUUUCAGACUAAAAAUGAAGCUCGUAAGAUUUCUUAUGAAAUUAAUCAAUGAAACUGUUUCUAUUGAGCUUAAAAAUGGAACUAUUGUUAAUGGUACCAUUGUUGCAGUUGAUAUGCAAAUGAAUACACAUCUCAAGACGGUUAAAAUGUCUGUUUUCCAUAAGGAUCCCGUUUGCUUAGAUACACUUAGUAUUCGUGGUAAUAAUAUUCGUUAUUUUAUUCUUCCUGAUAGUCUUCCUCUUGAUACAUUAUUAAUCGAUGAUGCACCAAAACCUAAACAAAAGAAAAAAGAAGCAUCACGAAGCAGAGGUCGUGAUAGAGGAAGAGGAAGGGCACGUCGUGGCCGAAGUGCACGUGGAUUUUAAUUUAUAUAUUUACAUUUUAUUAGUAGAUUUAUGUAUAUUUUAUGUAUAUUUUUUUGUAUAUUUUUUCCU